AUGGAGUGGACUGCAAAGAUUAUCAGUCGUAACCGCAACGUUUUGAAGAGAGCAGAGAUUUAUGAUGCAGUAGCUGUUGCGCAAUAUCCUUUUUCUCAUAACUGUAAUGUUUGGCGAGCAUUUGCUAAAUUGUGGGGACCAACAAGCAAUACUCUCCAUCAUAUUGGUGGUGAAAUGAGAAUCUCAUUGUAUGAUCUGAAAACCAUCGGAGAGUAUUUUUAUAGAGGAGAACAAAUGUUUGUUGGUUUGAAAACUAAGCAGGCUCAAGAUUCCCAUUCUAAAGAUUUCCAAAAGAAGCCUCAAAAAAGCCAAUUAAGACAACUUCCUUUGCAGGUUUCAGAAGUUGGUAUGCUCUUUGCAUUCCUAUCACUAUGGUUAAGUCGUUUCGUCCUUCCUACCAAGGGUGGCAACAUAAGGCCUGAAACUUUUUAUAUGGCCUCUCUGAUGGCUCAAGGCACGAGAGUGUCACUCGCCCCCAUAGUUUUGGGAUACAUUUAUCGCACAUUUAAUGAGUACGUCGCAGGUACGAACGAAUUUGGUGUUAGUCGGGUUUUUCUUCCAAUGCACUAUGUCAUCGGAUGGUUAGCUGAACACGUCCCUUAUUUAUAUUUUGGUUGGGAAGACAACAAUAACCUGCCUUUGUUGCGUAAAUAUGCUAGAAUCGAGCUUGAGAAAAGAACUAUGACUGGAAGUAGGCAUAUGAUACGCGACGAACAGCAUGUCCGUUACCGCCCAUAUUCAUAUCAUGAAGAGAGAGAUACAGAUUACUUAGAUGAUGAAGACUUAGCCGACGAGAAAUUUGAACUUUUAUUGUCCAUGCGUGCAGCUUUACUCCCUGUGAGGGUAGGUGGUGUUAUAUUUGUGGAACUGUACUAUCCAAAUAGAUUCGCUCGCCAGUUUCGUUUUGACCAAGGCGUUCCUUCAGAUAAGUUUCGUUUUACGGUUGAUGCGAAAUAG